CCUGGGAGCAGCUGGCUGGGGGGUAAUCCGGUGACUGCAGCCAGCCGUGCUCGGCCCGUGCGCUCGCCCUCACCGGGUGUCACUCGGGAUGCUGGGCGCUUUGUGCGUACGCUUCAGUCCUUCCUGCAACCCAAGCAGUAGCGUGCUCCCCCUGUAGCGUGGACAUUCUGCAGCAGAAGCUGGAAGCUGAGUGCUGAAUUCCCACUUCCGAAUAGAGAAGAACUUUCCUCCCAGCACAUGGUUGGGGAGUUACACUUUGUGACAUGGAUGAGUCUGCACUGACCCUUAGCACAAUAGAUGUUUCUUAUCUACCAAAUUCAUCAGAAUACAGCCUAGGACGAUGUAAACAUACAAAUGAAGAAUGGAGUGACUGUGGUUUUCGACCUACAUUCUUCAGAUCUGCCACACUGAAAUGGAAAGAAAGCCUAAUGAGCCGCAAGAGGCCGUUUGUUGGAAGGUGUUGUUACUCCUGCACUCCUCAGAGCUGGGAAAAAUUUUUCAACCCCAGUAUCCCGUCUUUGGGUUUGCGGAAUGUUAUUUAUAUCAAUGAAACUCAUACAAGGCAUCGAGGAUGGCUGGCAAGACGUCUUUCUUACAUCCUUUUUAUUCAAGAGCGGGAUGUCCAUAAAGGCAUGUUUGCCACCAACAUUGCUGAAAAUGUCCUAAACAGCAGCAGAGUGCAGGAGGCAAUUGCGGAAGUGGCUACGGAACUGAACCCUGAUGGCUCCGCCCAGCAGCAAGCCAAGGCCAUUCAGAAGGUGAAGAAGAAGGCCAAAAAGAUCCUUCAAGAAAUGGUUGCCACCGUCUCACCUGGCAUGAUCAGACUGACAGGGUGGGUGCUACUGAAACUAUUCAAUAGCUUCUUCUGGAACAUUCAGAUUCACAAGGGUCAAAUGGAGAUGGUUAAAGCUGCAACUGAGACGAAUCUGCCGCUUCUCUUUCUGCCAGUCCACAGAUCCCACAUCGACUACCUGCUGCUCACGUUCAUCCUCUUCUGCCACAACAUCAAGGCUCCGUACAUCGCCUCAGGCAAUAAUCUCAACAUCCCCAUCUUCAGUACCUUGAUCCGUAAGCUUGGGGGCUUUUUCAUACGACGACGGCUUGAUGAAACACCAGAUGGACGAAAAGACAUUCUCUACAGAGCCUUGCUCCAUGGGCAUGUAGUUGAGCUCCUCCGGCAACAGCAAUUCUUGGAGAUUUUUCUGGAAGGCACACGCUCCAGGAGUGGAAAAACUUCCUGUGCUCGGGCUGGACUUCUGUCCGUGGUGGUAGACACCUUGUCCACCAACACCAUCCCUGACAUCUUGGUAAUACCUGUGGGAAUCUCCUACGAUCGGAUCAUUGAAGGUCACUACAAUGGUGAACAGCUGGGCAAACCCAAGAAGAACGAGAGUCUUUGGAGUGUGGCGAGAGGUGUCAUUAGAAUGCUGCGCAAAAAUUAUGGCUAUGUUCGAGUGGAUUUCGCACAACCCUUUUCCUUAAAGGAAUAUUUGGAAAGCCAAAGUCAGAAGCCCGUGUCUGCCCCACUGUCUCUGGAGCAGGCUCUGUUACCUGCUAUUCUUCCUUCAAGGCCCAGCGAUGCCGCUGCUGACGGGCCAGAAGAGCCAGGACGAGCAGGCGACGAGCUCCUCCGGAGAAGGCUGAUCGCCAACCUGGCCGAGCACAUUCUCUUCACUGCAAGCAAGUCCUGCGCCAUCAUGUCCACGCACAUCGUGGCCUGCCUGCUCCUCUACAGACACCGGCAGGGAAUCCAUCUCUCCACUCUGGUGGAAGACUUCUUCGUGAUGAAGGAGGAGGUCCUAGCUCGUGACUUUGACCUGGGGUUCUCAGGAAACUCAGAAGAUGUGGUCAUGCAUGCUAUUCAGCUGCUGGGCAACUGUGUCACAAUCACGCACACGAGGAGGAAUGAUGAGUUUUUUAUCACUCCCAGCACAACCAUCCCAUCAGUCUUUGAACUCAACUUCUACAGCAAUGGGGUACUACAUGUCUUUGUCAUGGAGGCCAUCAUAGCCUGCAGCCUGUAUGCGGUUCUGAAUAAACGAGGCUCCGGAGGCUCUGCUGGUGCCCCUGGCAGCCCAAUCAGCCAGGAGCAGCUGGUGCGGAAGGCUGCCAGCCUGUGCUAUCUGCUCUCCAACGAAGGUACCAUCUCGCUGCCCUGCAUGACUUUUUACCAAGUUUGCCAUGAAACAGUUGGGAAAUUUAUCCAGUAUGGCAUUCUUACAGUGGCUGAGCAAGAUGACCAGGAAGAUAUCAGUCCUGGUCUUGCAGAGCAGCAGUGGGACAAGAAGCUUCCUGAACCUUUGAACUGGAGAAGUGAUGAAGAAGAUGAAGACAGCGAUUUUGGUGAGGAGCAGCGAGAUUGCUAUCUGAAGGUGAGCCAGUCCAGUGAGCACCAGCAGUACCUCGCCUUCUUACAGAGGCUCCUCGGGCCCCUGCUGGAGGCCUACAGCUCUGCCGCUAUCUUUGUCCACAACUUCAGCGGCCCCGUCCCUGAGCCCGAGUACCUGCAGAAGCUGCACAGAUACCUCCUGGCCAGGACGGAAAGGAACGUCGCCGUAUACGCGGAGAGUGCUACAUACUGUCUUGUGAAGAAUGCUGUGAAAAUGUUUAAGGAUAUUGGGGUUUUCAAAGAGACAAAGCAAAAGCGAGUCUCCAUUUUAGAACUGAGCAGCACUUUCCUACCUCAAUGCAACCGGCAGAAACUCCUCGAGUACAUUCUGAGUUUUGUGGUGCUGUAGGGAACUUACGGCAGCCACGGCAAGCGAGGGGCAGCAGCCGAGUCCCGACACGUUCCUCACGGGCUCCAUCCACCCCGACCCAGAGGGGCAGGUGCUGCAGCGUGGCCAGGCCUGCCCGGCUCUGAGGUGACCUCCUGGAAGACAAGUGCCUUUCUGCCCCCUGUGGACCUGGGCUCUUCCCAACUCAAACGUAGUGGCCUGCACAGAACCCUCAGGACCAGCCUCCGUUUGUUCCUCCUAAGCAGUAGGUGACUAGGUGAAAUCUCAGUAAGGCAUUUUGGAGAUUAUUAAAGAUUCACAUUUGAAGUACGUUUAAGGACUAAUUACUGUGAUGGACACAGCAAUGUAGAUCUGACUUUUCUACAUGUGGUGUGGUGGAUAAGUCUUUGGUGUGUUUUCUCACUAAUGCUUAAUGCGUCCUUUAAACCAAUGGGGCCAUCCGUACUCUCCUUUUCCAUUUUAUCUUUGUCACCAGUAGCUACAUAUCACAUGGAAGCCCCUUUCAUCCCAAGUGCUUUACAGUGGAAUGGGCUGAUAUACCCUCCCCAGCAGAGCCGGCUGCCCUGUGCAGGCAGACAGUGGAAGUGUCGUGAGAGCAGCCUGAAGGCGGAUGAUGCUAGUUUAGGCCAGGAAUCGAGAUACCAGGAUCAAACAGCCAAUACCAGGAAAUGACUUUGGCUCGCCAAAGUCAAGAUGUACCUAGCCAGAAAAUUGUCACUGGAAUCUUUUGCUUGUGUGAUAAAGUGCCAUUGAGUUUAAAGACCUGCAAGUGUUUCAGAACUCUUCCUGUUUGUACCUGCAACCUCCCCACCUUCAGGUGUAGGUAGCCGUUGUUUCUUGAGCACCUUCCAGCCAACCACAGCUGCGCUCAGCUGCAGAGACUGAGGGGCACGGCGCUCUGGCCGCAGUCGCUUGGCUGUAGGCUUUCAGACACUGCUCGCAGCCUGGGUGCCGCACCAAGCUUCUAUUCUAGCCAGUGUUCACCCGAGCCGUGCAGUGUGCAACCUGGGCAGCAGGCACAGGGACCCGGCUAAGUGGCAGAUGGUUGUAGGCAUCUGUGCAUUUUCAGCUUUGAGAAAAAGCUUUGGUUCUUUAGAAAUUUAUAUGGGCUAUCUGCUCAAGCUCCAACUCCACACAGAGGCAAAUAAUUAUGAAAAAAUGCGUUUAUAAUGAGUAGGUGCCUUUUUGUGAGCAGGGAGCAUGAUUAUUAGUUAUUUGUGGUAAUUAAGGUGAUUUCUUAACAAUCAUGUAAAAUUAACAUUUCUGGUGAUUUACUGCCGUUUAUAUCUGUGCCAUGGAAUUAGAAUGUUUUUUUCUCCUGAAUGUUGCAUAGAUUCUUUGAAUUUAAUAUGUAAGUAUUAAGGACUGAGUUUGUACUUUGCUGAGCCUGGACUUAAAACAUGCAUAGUAUGUUAUGAGAUGUGUGUGUUAGGGUGGGAUAUUGGCUGGAAGCUCACCUCAUGUGAAAUGUCCUGUUGGGAACGCGUAGGGAUGCUGGUGGCCCUCUCGCACACCUCUCGCUUCUGCACGUCCAGUCUGUCUCUUCUGCCCCGUGCCGCUGUUCAUGUGCCAUCCCUUUGCUCUCUGCCAGCUGAGGCGACUCUGGUGCGGGUGAGAUACACCGGCUCGCCCUCCGCGUGACUCACGAGGAUGCCAGCAGCUGCCCUGGCUGUACAUGAGGGUUCCCUGAGAACAUGGCCUAGUCCCUUAGGUGUUCCUCAUUUGGAAAAUCAAGCAUUUUGCUCCUCUCUCUCUCUCUCUCUCUCUCUCUCCCCAUCCCUUGAGCUGUAAAUCCAAGAUGGCUCAUGCUGUCAGUCAAGGUUGGGACUGAUGUCACCUGUCACCUCCCCAGAAAAUGGCUGCUUUGCCAACCCCAGCAGGGGAAAUAUAGCCUCUGGGCUUUAUUCUCCUCCCUUUUGGUUGGUUGGUUUUUAAAAAAUUCAGUUGCUUUGGGGAAUGCAAUUCACUAGCUGUUGCCAGCCACUUAACUCACUGUGAGGAUAAAUAUGCAUGCUUUUUGUAAUUAACUGGUGCUUUGUAAACCUUUUCUAAGGAUGAAAAAUUUCAACCAAAGUUAUGCUCAUCCAGACAAGCUGACCCUUGAGUUAAUUUUAGCACAACUCAUUCUUCAGUGCCUCAUUACUGAAAAAACUAUAGAAAUCACCGUAAGGCUUCCACUAGCACUGUUUUGCUAAUGGUUAGAUUCUCGUUGGUUUCCAACGGUGGGCGGCUUCCUUGUAAGGUUCAACCAGCGAGGUGCUCGUGGUGACUUAGGCAGUGACUCCCGCGGCACGCCGUGACCCUGAGGUGCGUGCCCUUCAGUAGGGACUGGGGCUCAAGUUAAAGACUAAACCCAGAAAUAAGCAAUAUGAACUGCACUCUGCUUUUAAAAUGAGAAUGUCCUGAGUAUUUUUCCUCUUAAGAUUCUAUAGAAAACAAGAGUUAAGGGUGUAGAACUAAGAACCAAGAAAGCACUGAGUCUUUCUUAGAUCUGCCGACUCUCCAUGGAGCCAUGAGGCUGAGUGGAGAGCGUGCGCCCAGCAUGGGCUGCAGCGCUCCAUGUCCUUCGUGUGAGCGCUCUGUGAGAUGUGUAUCAGUUUUGUGGCAGGUGCUACAGGUAAACUGAGUUUGCACGUGGAAACAUAAGACACACUUCGGUGCAGUGGGGGUUCAGCACCCGGCAGUAAAAAGCCUGCUUAACCCAGCAUUUCCCAAACUGUUUUGACCUCAGGACCUUUUCCCUUUUGGGACACCUCUGAACCUCUCACUAGUAUGCUGUGGAAUGCAUUUUGGGAAUCUACAUUAGGUAAUUCUUUAAACAGACAAGCAGUAACAAACCGUACCGCUGAGGUAGAAUUUGCAUACGCUCUGCACCAUCAAAUGGUGCGUUGAGUGGAUGCUACCUCCGCACCCAGAGAGAAUAAGCACAGAGAACUGCAGGAUAGGUGGCUGGAGCCCCUGUCCUGCAGUGGGAAGACCAGCCCUCCGUGACCCUGCAGAAUCAUACUAACGGGGUAAAUGAUUAAAGUUUAACUCAGAUCUAGAUGAAAACAUUGCACAUUUUGAAUGCUGAUUUUUUCCCCCAUAGAUCUAGUGUUUAGAAAUGAUAGGAGUUACAUUGAGGUUUAUAAGACUUACUUUGUGAUGUAAAUCUGUUUUUUUAAAAACACUUUCUAGGAGCUUGAAAGUUGCCAUUUGGCAUUUUAGUUUAGUAAAACUGAUGAUUGCUUUAAAGAGACUCUUGGCCUUAUUUCCAAAUAGCUAAAGGGCUAAAUGUCUUGAUGGAAGGUGUUAAAGUGUUUUCCUGUUGUACAAAGUAAUGUUAGAUUGUUGUAAAAAGUGUUACAAUUGUAAAAUAGCAAUAUGUGAUUUUGUGAGUGAAGCUUACUUGGAAAUGUUGAUUAAUUUUUAUGCCUGAUGAUAAUGUAUUGUGAGAAGCACAGAAAUAUAGUUUUGUUUUAAUAAACCAAAAAAUGUUACCUUU